AUGCUUCUCCCAGCACUCAUAUCCCUCUCUUUGCUGCCUGCGAUUUAUGCCCAGCAGUCUAUACCACGCGUGUUGGUGUACACUGCCACAGCAGGCUUCCGACACGACUCAAUCCCUACGGCGAUCGAAGUCUUGGGGGAUAAUGCCGACAAAUAUGGUGUACAAUUCGUCUUCUCAGAAGACAAGGGACAGUUUACAAACGACACUUUGAGUGGUUUCGACGGGGUGAUGUUUGUCUCCAACUCUGAUGACGUACUAGAUGACUCUGGACAAUCUGCCCUGCAGACCUUCUUCCAAUCGGGAGGCGUUUAUGCUGGUGUACACGCAGCGAGCGCAUGUCUGUUCAAUGACACAAAUUAUGAGCAGGCUGUUGGCGCAUUCUUCGACUACCACCCAACGAUACAGUCUGCUACUUUUGAACGCCUCAACACGACGCACCCUUCAGUAGCCGACGCUCCAGACCAGUGGACAUUUGAAGAAGAAGUCUACCACUUCCGUUCAGACCCACGGGACAACGGUGCCGUCGUGUUGCUGACAGUGAAUGAGACGAGCUACGUCAACAAUGGGAGCUCCACGGGAGACUAUCCCUCCAUGGGCGAUCCCCACCCUAUCGCUUGGUAUAUCGAAUCACCUCUUUCAGCUUUACCGCUCGCCCAGUCGGCCAGUAAAGCUGGACGAUCAUUUUACACCUCUCUAGGACACCUCAACUCCACAUGGCAAGACGAGACCUUCAUAGGGCACGUCAUGGAAGGUCUCAAAUGGGCUUUGGAUGGUGCUUCCACCAAGGCAUAUGGAGUGGGAAUUGUUGGGAAUGGAACAGCAUCUGCUACGAAUGCGAGCUCUUCGAGUUCGGCGACGGGUUCGUCAUCCGCGUCGGGAGCGGCAAGCUCGAGCAGCGCCACGGCGUCCGAGUCUUCGGGGGCAGAGAAAUUUCAUCUGACUGGUGCGAGCUCGAUUGUUCUGGGGACUUCGGGGCUCACAUUGGGGGUAAGUAUGAUGUUAUAA